AUGCAUCGCCAAACCAAUUCGCUGAGGCAGUUGCAAAUCAAGUACUAUCACCUCAAGUUUCUUUUCCCAAAAAUGUCUGUGGCACGGACGCUGACGACCUUGUCCAUCCGGCGGGGCGAGCGCGAGCUCGUGGCGCCGGCGAGGCCCACGCCCUACGAGUUCAAGGUGCUCUCCGACAUCGACGACCAGGAGGUCCUCCGCUUCUAUCGCUCCGGCGCCUUCUUCUACCGCGGCGACGCCUCCAAGUCCGGCAUUGACCCGGCGAAGGCCAUCAAGUCGGCGAUCUCGGAGGCGCUCGUGCACUACUACCCUCUCGCCGGCCGGUUCCGGGAGCUCCAGCCGACGAGGAAGCUCGUGGUCGAGUGCACGGGGGAGGGGGUCGUGUUCGUCGAGGCGGACGCCGACGUCCGGAUGGAAGACUUUGGAAACUCGCUGGCACCGCCGGUGCCAUGUUACGAUGAGCUGUUGCCCGAGCAGGAGAGCGCGACCGCCGUUGUCGUCGACCGUCCUUUGCUCUUUGUUCAGGUGACGCGGCUGAGGUGCGGAGGCUUCGUCUUCGGGUUCCAGAUAUGCCACUGCAUCGCCGACGGCCCGGGGAUCGUGCAGUUCCUGACGGCGCUGACGGAGUUCACCCGCGGCGUGCCGGGCGCGCCGACCCUGUGCCGGAGGCCCCUCGGCGAGGCGCUGCGGCUGCUGCUGGAGGCCAAGGCGCGGGCGGAGCAGGAAGGGUACGUGCAGUCGGCGGCCGGCUUCAACGCGGCGCACAGGAGGCCGGCGUUCCCCAAGGCCCGGACGUACCUCAUCUCGGACAUGACCCAGGGGGGGAUGAUGGCGGUGGAUUUCGGGUGGGGCACGCCGGUGUACGGAGGGCCGGCGACGAUCAUUCUGGCCACGUUCCAUCUGGAGGGGAGGAACGAGGCCGGUGAGGUGGGCGUCAACGUACCGACGAGGUUGCCUGUGCUGGCGCUGGAGCGGCUGAAGGUGGAGGUGAGCAAGGGGCUAACGGUCAGCGGUCGGACUGUCACUGAACCUGCGGACAAGAGCAAGUCAGCCUUGGUUCCUGGUCACGCUCUCGCAAAGCUGUAG